UCAUUCACUCUCAUUUUCUCUGCUGCACGACAGCUCUUGUUCCCUCUCCUCUCACUUUUCAUUUAAAACACAAAAUUCACAAACUUCGUACUAGUUAGAAGCCGGAAAGAUCUAGCUUUUGGUGUUGUUGUUCGGUUUCCUUCUUUUCAAUUUCCAUAUCCAAGAUCAGAAGAUCAGAUCACGUUGAGGUUACUUCGGUUCGAGUCAAUUCCUUAAUCAAUUACCAAUUUACGAUAUUCACAAUCUUUGUUAAAUAUGGGAUACUUAAGCAGCGAAGGUGAUCAAACUAAUCAAAGAAAUGAUCACGGUGCAAUUCUGCGUGAAGGAAAAGAAAUACUUCUUCAGGCAUUCAACUGGGAGUCUCACAGAUACAAUUGGUGGAAUAAUUUAGAAGGCAAAGUUGGUGACAUAGCUAAAGCUGGAUUCACUUCAGUGUGGUUGCCACCACCAACUCAAUCAUUUGCACCUGAAGGUUACACUCCACAAAACCUUUACUCUCUUGAUAGUAAAUAUGGUUCUGAGCGUCAGUUAAAAGCUUUACUUCAAAAGAUGAAGCAAUACAAUGUCAGAGCAAUGGCUGACAUAGUUAUCAAUCAUCGUGUUGGCACCACCCAAGGACAUGGAGGGAUAUAUAAUCGUUUUGAUGGAAUUCCAUUAGCAUGGGAUGAACGUGCUGUGACAUCAUGUACCGGAGGAUUGGGUAAUCGAAGCACAGGGGACGUUUUCCAUGGAUUUCCCAAUAUUGACCACACUCAAGAUUUUGUAAGAAAAGAUAUCAUAGGAUGGCUUCGCUGGUUACGAUAUGAUGUAGGCUUUCAAGAUUUUCGUUUUGAUUUUGCAAAAGGGUUCUCACCAAAAUAUGUGAAAGAAUACAUUGAUGGAGCAAAACCUUUAUUCUCUGUUGGAGAGUAUUGGGAUACAUGCAAUUACAAUGGUUCAUUGGACUAUAACCAAGAUAGCCACAGGCAGCGAAUAAUCAAUUGGAUCGAUGGCACUGGACAACUUUCCACUGCAUUUGACUUUACAACAAAAGGGAUUCUCCAGGAAGCUGUAAAGGGAGAAUUUUGGCGUUUGCGUGAUCCUCAAGGGAAGCCCCCAGGUGUGGUCGGGUGGUGGCCAUCAAGAUCCGUCACAUUCAUAGAAAAUCAUGAUACAGGCUCAACUCAGGGUCAUUGGCCUUUCCCGAGAGACCAUAUUAUGGAGGGGUAUGCAUACAUAUUGACUCAUCCGGGAAUACCAACAGUUUUUUAUGACCACUUAUAUGACUGGGGCGACUCAAUUCGAGAACAGAUUGUGAAGUUGAUUGAAGUUCGCAAGCGUGAAGGUAUUCAUAGUAGAUCACCUAUUAAGAUUCUGGAGGCCAAGCACAACCUUUACUCUGCAAUCAUUGGGGGAAAUGUGUGCGUGAAGAUUGGAAAUGGUUCAUGGUGUCCAUCCGGGAGGGAAUGGACAUUAUCAACUAGUGGCCACAAUUAUGUUGUUUGGCACAAGUAGUGUUCCAUUGGCAUAACCCUUCUCCACCGGGAGCACACAAAAUUGAAGGAAAUUUAUGUUAUUUUUAUGUUAAUAUUUAUAAUACUAGGUAAAAUUGAAGUUCAAUCUUUCAUCUAGUUGCCUUUGGGUGCUUUUAUCUUCAACCUAUGUUUAGCCCAUUUCAAUUGUGGUCGCUUUUCAUACAUGUAUUGUGUAAUCAUACUCUGAUUAUGUAAUAUUAUCAAUAAGCAACUUUGUUUAUGUUAUAAACCAA